UUUUUUUUUUUCUUCGCUCCUUUUAUGGCGUGCUAUUGCAGUUGCGACCAUCGACAAUGCGUAACACAAUGAUUCACAUUGUUACACCUGCCAAGUCUUUGAACAAUGGAGAGUCAGUGCACGAUUUCCUGAGGGGAGCAUGGUGGAAAUCAGUGUGUCGAAGCGCUACACCUACCGUGCCUCAACCCGUCAACACCAGCAAUACCUCUAACGCCACCCCACUCACCCCGACCAAUACCAGCCAACCAGUCAGACCAACCAUGUACCUUUCUUCUCCUUCUUCUUCUUCUUCCUCUUGGACGUCGACGCAUUCCCAUAAUGCAUUCCCUCGUUUAUUCGAUACAUGGCUUCGUCGCAGCCCCAUCGAUAUCAUGAAACAGAACUCCGUUGAACUGGGCGAUACGUUUGUCUUGACUUUAUCGUCAAGUUCAGAAUCGAUGCAACCCGUUCUUUGCUGUGCACCGGCAGAACCAUCUAUCGCAAUACCGAUCGAUCUAUCCACAAAGAACAGCGACGCGAAGCAUGAGCAAUCCGUCAUUACUCAAUCAAACAAUGCCAUAACCAAAGUGGAAGCAGGAGAACACUACACGAUGUUGGAACAAGUCGGUGACUUGCUUCAGUCGAUGCCAGCAGAGACUGUCUUGGUGACUUACGAUGGAGGAAACGUAUCGCUCUCCUUACAUCAUGAUGACCGUACUACUAUUACCCUACCUCCAUCCAUGGUUCAACUGGCUUGCCUUUGGACGAUUCAUGAUCAAAUACUGUUGCAAUUUCCAGUCAUUUUGGUUUUCCCUGAACUACCGUUGCUCAGCAUUGAUCAUCAUUAUUUUGGAAACGAUAGAUUAUUGUGCUCUCUGCCGGAACAGACUACUUUUACUACUACAGACGACGUGGUGAACGAAGAAACCAAAGAGAUCGUAGAAAGUGAAUCAUGUAUUGCAACCAGUGAACACCAUCCUGAACCUUUAUGGAAAAGCCAACAGAACUUUAUUGACGUCCAUACUCCCAUUAUUGCAGAAGAUGCCGCCUUUUUACAUUAUCAAGAAGAUACGGAAGAGGACAGCGAAAUUGAUUCGUAUUAUGAUGAAUUAAGCGAUGAAGACAGUACAUCUGCAUCUCUUCUGAACCUGAUACACGAGGCCUUGUCAUAUAUUGACUCGAACCACGGUGCUUAUAGCGAUGAACUCAAUUCACUUGUACCAAGAAUGGUCAAUUACAUGGUAGCUGGUUCUUCCAUGUAAAUUUGUAUAUGACAUUUGUAUUUAUAUACUGCUCAAUUCGCUCGUUUGCUAUUUGUCAGUAAUUGCUUAUUUGUUUUCUUGUUUGUGUGAAAAUGUAUAGAUCGAGU